AUGGUACCUCCGCAGAUUGGACCUGAGCCUGCAAUAGUCAAGAUCGGAGGCUUGAAUUUCGCGGCUCGGGAUACCUUGACUCAUCUGGUCACCAGUCUCAGUGUCGGUCGCCGUGACAGAGCAACGGCGAUUGUGCAGAGGCUGUCCGAGAAAUGUGCACGCGAUGCGCCGGAGCUUCUGCUCGCUCACACAGUGUACUUGGAAGAUUCUCUACGGCUGGUCAUGGCACACGGAAGGGACUCGCCUCAGUCGCAUGUGAUAUUGAAAGAGAUGCAUAGAUGGUUUGAAGUGGAGAUGAGGGAGAAGGGCAUUCCGCUGGAAGCGAGCAUGAUCGUCACAAUGUUGCGAGCAGUCAUAAGGACUCUGAGCGGAUCGCGAAGGGAUCGUUCAAUACGUCGGUACGCCGAUCUCGCGAGUCAACUCGGUCCGGAAAUGCUGGAGAAUGUGCUGGAGUCUGAGGAAUAUGACGACAAUGAGUUCGCCAUUUUGGGUCGUGCUACGGUGGAAUACUACGAGGACUUCGAGGAGGAGGCAAUGCCUUCGCGGGAGGAAGCGGAGCAGGCCAUCGAAGACGGUGUGGCCACUCAGCAUCAUGAAUACGUCGAUCUGGUAAACACACCAGAAGUGCUUGCCACCCAACAGAAAGGAGAAGGUCUGAAGGGGAUCAAGCGAACGAUGGACGUUUUCAAGGACUUUCCACCACUACCGCCGACCGCAACAACAGAGGAGAAAGAGAACAGGGCAGCACAACGACAAAUUGCAUUGGAGCGAACAUCUGUCGAGGUCGCAGUUGAGCGAUGGAAGAAAGCCGACGAGGAAUUGAGGAAGAAGGGUAUCAGCACGGCAAUGCAAACAAAGGACAUGUCAUCGAUGAUGUGGCAGUGGCAUCAGCAAUUGCUCCCAGCGCUCAAGCAGGAACUGGAGGAGGUCCAGAAGGAGAUGGCUGAUCCGGGCCGCGAGCACGAUAGACAUCUUUACGGACCAUUUCUGGAGCUUCUGCCGCUCGAACAUAUCGCGGCGACGACAAUCAUGGUAGCGAUGUCCAGCAUUGCGCAUGGCAAAAAGGAUACCAGCGGCCAGUAUGAGACUGAUGUCAAGCUGAGCCACCUCGUCAGUGCUUUGGGCAACACAAUCGAGUCUGACUGCAAGGCAGAGAAGGCUGGCAGUCAGUCGCGGAGAGGCGCGAAGAAGGCUCGGAGCGCAGGUCGCUUGAAGAAAUCCGCUGCGAACCCUGCCUUGGAAGCUCCAGACGCCGACAAGACGUCAGCAUCAAAAGGCAAGCCGAAAAAGCCAUCGAAUAAAGAACUGCUGGCUGAGCUGGAAUGGUCAAAUCCAGUGAAGUUCAAGCUUGGGGCCAUGUUGAUCUCCAAGCUGGUCGAAACUGCAAAGCUGGCAUGUCGGAGAGAGCAUCCGCGUACAAAGGAGAUGAUCGAACAGAUGCAGCCAGCUUUGCUCCAUCAGAUGAAGUGGAUUCGGGGCAAGAGACAAGGCACGAUUGCGCCGAACGUCGAGCUUGUCAAGAAGCUUUCAUCUGAGCCGAUACCUGCUCUGAUUGCGAAGCGCAUGCCCAUGGUGGUACGACCGAAGCCGUGGAAAGGAUGGGAGGACGGCGGAUAUCUCCGUUUCCCUUCACCUAUCCUUCGUCUGCCUGUGGGAGACAAGCAAGGGAAGAGCUACUUCCUCGCCGCCGCAGAGCGAAACGAGGGCAAGGAUCUCGAGACGGUCUAUCGAGGUCUGACGGCAUUGAGCAGCGUGCCUUGGAGAGUGCAUCCAGGAGUCUUCAAAGUGCAGUUGGAUGCGUGGAAUUCUGGCGAGGAAAUUGCAAACUUUGCGCCUCUUCGUCCCGCUACCGAUCUUCCCCCAGAGCCAGAGUCGACUGACUUCGCCGAACGAAGAAAGUGGCUCGCACAGUGCCACGAGAUCAGGAACAAGGCGACGGGCCUACACUCGAAGCGGUGCUUCCAGAACUUCCAGCUGGAGAUUGCGCGGACCAUCGUCAACGAGACGAUAUACUUCCCGCACAACCUGGACUUCCGUGGGCGAGCUUAUCCGAUUCCGCCGUACUUGAACCACAUGGGUGCCGACAACGUGAGAGGUCUGCUAGUGUUCGCUGACGGCAAGGAAUUGGGCGAGAAGGGCUUGCGAUGGCUCAAGACACAUCUGGCCACCGUUGCUGGUCACGACAAGGCGAGCAUGCAAGAGCGUCUGGACUUUACCGAAGCUCAUUUGGACGACAUCUACGACUCCGUGCGCAACCCGCUUACCGGCCGAAGAUGGUGGCUCGAAGCGGACGAUGCGUGGCAAACGCUGGCCGCAUGUUUCGAGCUGACCGCAGCGUUGGACUCGCCAGAUCCCACCAAGUUCGUCUCGCAUCUGCCAGUUCAACAGGAUGGUACUUGCAACGGUCUGCAGCACUACGCUGCACUUGGCGGUGAUCGAGCUGGUGCAGCGCAGGUGAACCUCGAACCGAGCGAUCGUCCUGCUGAUGUUUAUACCGCCGUUGCUGAUGCAGUCAAAGCCGAAGUCGACAAAGACGCUGCAGAGGGCAACCUCGUCGCGCAAGUCUUGCAAGGCCGCCUGACACGCAAAUGUGUCAAACAGCCGGUCAUGACCAACGUGUAUGGCGUGACCUUCUACGGCGCAAAGGAGCAAGUCAGGAAACAGCUCGAGGUCCUCUUCCCGGAGGUCGGACCGUACGGCCCAGUCAACAUGGGUAAUAUGUCGCACUAUGUUGCCACCAAGAUCUUCAAGUCGUUGGGAGACAUGUUCAAGGGCGCACAGUCGAUCCAAGCAUGGCUCGGACAGUGCGCCGACCGCAUCUCGACAAGUCUCACACCCGCUCAAGUCGAGGAGCUCAAGGAAGAAACCUCAACAGCAGCACCAACACCAGCCCCCUCCAACCCCGUCCUCGACACCCUCGCCUCGGACGUCAACAAGACCAAACCGCUCUUCAAGCAAACCGUCGUCUGGACCACCCCGCUCAAACUCCCCGUCGUCCAGCCCUACCGCGCCAGCAAACCCCGCACGGUAUCCACCACCAUGCAAACCAUCGCCAUCCAAGAACAACACGUCUGGGACCCCGUCAGCAAACGCAAACAACUCCAGGCAUUUCCUCCAAAUUUCAUCCACUCCCUCGACGCGACCCACAUGCUCCUCUCCGCGCUCAAGUGUACCGAAGAAGGCAUGACCUUCGCAAGCAUCCACGACUCCUUCUGGACGCACGCCUGCGACGUAGACGACAUGUCCCGCGUCCUCCGCGACGCCUUUGUCACCAUGCAUCGCGAAGACAUCGUCGGCCGCUUGCGGGAAGAAUUCCAAGCGAGGUACAAGGGGUUCAUGUACAUGGCCAGCGUGGUGGCGCAGAGUCCCGUGGGGCGCAAAAUCGCCGCAUGUCGCGCGAAGCUAAGGAAGGACGAAACGUUGAAGAUGAGUGAGCUUGCGUUGGAGGCGGAGAGGAUGAGGUUGAAGGGGAGUGAGGAUGCGGAGGAGAGGAGGAGGGGGGAGGAGAUGGUUACGCCGGGGAGCAUUUUUGAGAGUGAGGGGGAUGGGGAGGCGUUUCUGAUGCCGUCGGAGAUGGCGGGGCAGAGGUUGGGGGAGUUGCCUGGUGGGGGGAAGAAGUCGAAGACUGCUGAGACGAAUGUCGACGCGGACGUCCUUGCUGCGGACUUGGAGAGUCAUGACCUCCCUGACGAGCUACCAGACGGUGGAGACGCACUCGAAGCAUCUGCAGACGAGGCGUCGACUGAACCCGCGACGGAGAAGAAGAAGAAUAAGACCCCAACGAAGAGGCCCACGCCCAGGAAAAUCCACGUCUGGCUACCGUUGACGUUCCCCGAAGUCCCCGAGAAGGGCGACUUUGAUGUGAGGAGGUUGAUGGAGAGUCGAUACUUUUUCCACUGA